CCCUGGAUUUGGACCUAGCUUUCCAGAGGUGAAAGGUUGCAUGAUGGAAUUUAAAUUUUCCCAAGAAAAGCUUCACAUUUUGGAUCAGUAUCGCUGAGAUUGUCUUCUGUUUGCUAUACAUUGAGUGGAGUCUCUUGACACAAACUUGGCCAAAGAGUACAUAAAAAUGGAUCUCAAAGAAAGCUGCCCAAGUGUUAGCAUUCCCAGCUCUGAUGAACAUAGAGAGAAGAAAAAGAGGUUUACUGUUUACAAAGUAUUGGUCUCUGUUGGUAGAAAUGAGUGGUUUGUCUUCAGACGAUAUGCUGAAUUUGAUAAACUGUACAACACACUGAAGAAACAAUUUCCCACUAUGAACCUGAAGAUUCCAGCUAAAAGAAUAUUUGGAGACAAUUUUGAUCCAGAUUUUAUUAAACAGAGACGAGCAGGACUGAAUGAAUUCAUUCAAAAUUUAGUUAGACAGCCAGAGCUAUGCAACCACCCGGAUGUCAGAGCAUUUCUUCAGAUGGACAAUCCAAAGCAUCAGUCAGAUCCAUCUGAAGAUGAGGAUGAAAGGAGCAAUCAAAAGCUAAACUCUACCUCACAGAAUAUCAACCUGGGACCAUCUGGAAAUCCUCACGCUAAGCCAACAGACUUUGACUUCUUGAAAGUCAUUGGGAAAGGCAGCUUUGGCAAGGUUCUUCUUGCAAAACGAAAACUGGAUGGGAAAUUUUAUGCUGUCAAAGUACUGCAGAAAAAAGUUGUUCUCAACAGGAAAGAGCAAAAACAUAUUAUGGCUGAACGUAAUGUACUGUUGAAAAAUGUGAAACAUCCAUUUUUGGUUGGAUUACAUUACUCAUUCCAAACAACAGAAAAGCUUUACUUUGUUCUGGAUUUUGUUAAUGGAGGGGAGCUGUUCUUUCAUUUACAAAGAGAACGCUCCUUUCCUGAACACAGAGCCAGAUUUUAUGCUGCUGAAAUAGCCAGUGCAUUGGGCUACUUGCACUCCAUAAAUAUUGUAUACAGGGAUUUGAAACCAGAAAACAUUCUCUUAGACUCACUGGGACAUGUUGUCUUAACAGAUUUCGGACUCUGUAAAGAAGGGAUUGCUAUCUCGGACACCACCGCAACCUUUUGUGGGACACCAGAAUACCUUGCCCCAGAAGUGAUCAGAAAACAGCCCUAUGACAACACAGUAGACUGGUGGUGCCUUGGUGCGGUUCUAUAUGAAAUGCUUUAUGGGUUGCCUCCGUUUUACUGCCGUGAUGUUGCUGAGAUGUAUGAAAAUAUUCUUCACAAACCUCUAUAUGUGCGCCCAGGAGUCAGUCUUACAGCCUGGUCUAUUCUGGAAGAACUCUUGGAGAAAGACCGGCAAAAGAGACUUGGAGCAAGAGAAGACUUUCUUGAAAUUCAAAGGCAUCCUUUCUUUGAAUCUCUCAGCUGGGCUGACCUUCUCCAAAAGAAGAUUCCACCACCAUUUAAUCCUAAUGUGGUUGGCCCAGAUGAUAUAAGGAAUUUUGAUGCAGCUUUUACGGAAGAAAUGGUUCCUUAUUCAGUUUGCAUUUCCUCUGGUUAUAACAUUGUAAAUGCCAGUGUGCUGGAGGCAGAUGAUGCAUUUGUUGGAUUUUCUUAUGCACCACCUUCUGAAGACUUGUUUCCCUAGGAGGUUAGGAGCCAACAAAUGCUGCACAAGUACAAGUCUGAAGAUGGACUGAAACAUGAGUGUGAACAUAGUCCAGAAUAUGUGUAACUAGUGCCUCAUUUUAUAUGUAGGGUUGAAACCAAUGAACAAACAUUUUCUGCUGUAUAUGAGGAAAUUGGGCAUUUCAGAUGGCUUUCUUUGGGAUUUAAACUGUUAUACCUGCUGCAUAAAAAUAUUUUUAAAAUGAAGAUCUCUAAAAGCUGUUCCUUUACAAUAUCUGUUUUUAAGCAAACACACUGACUGGUUUUUUCUCCAGGUUUACAUUAAUACCUAUCCAGGAUUUGGUUAUCUUUCAGCAGCAGCAAACUUAGCACAUUUAUAAAUGCCUUUGUAACUAUUUACAGUGACUUUGUGCUUGAAUUGUAACUAUGCAAUUGUCUUUUGUAUAUCAUUGUUUAAAAAAAGAUAAAUGUUUCCCCUGUUAUAUCACCUUUUGAAAUAUAAGUUCAUUACUUUACAGCACUUACUCUAAAAUUUAAUUCCUCAUUGAAGAAUAAGUACAUACUUUAAGGAUCUGCAAACUGAAAAGUUGCUCAUUUAGGAUCAAAUUGCCAUCCUUACUCCUCUUCGUAAAUACCUUCUGAAGUAUUCCUUUCAAUUUCCACUGGAUUAUUUGA